AAUUUACCGGACUUUGACACCCCAUGCGCCCUUUUUCUUGGCUAUCCUCCAUUAACGUCUUCCUUCUUCUUCUUCUUCUUCCUCGUCUUUCCUCCAAAAUAUUACACACCCAAACAUCCCCUGUCUAAUUAUAUUCCUCCUUUGAUGAUGAACACCAUCAUCUGAUUUCAGUGAGCUCUCUCUGAAGCUGAUCAUUACUGUAAAGAUGGAGGGCCUUGCUCGUGUCUCGAUUAAGUGGGGGAAGAACAAUUAAUCUAUCGACAGAAGUUGUGUUUUGGAGCUUCUUGCAUUAAAUUCUCCGCCGAGUUCCAUUCUAAAGGAACAACACACGACAAACAUGUUGAAUGAGCUGAAUAGCAUCAACGACCAUGAUCCACCCUCGGAGCAGCUUCCACUCGAGGAGAUUUCAAGUGCACUGAGUGAUCAAAUACUUCAACUAUGUGAUGAUCCCCAAUUUCUCCAAGAAACCCUUCAUGAUUCGGAAGUCACUUCAUGCUCAAAUCUUUGCCAAGAAGACAACACGAACAACCUCAGCCUUUCCCUGAUUAAAGAUGAACAUGCCGAUAUCUAUCCAGCCACAACAGCUGACACUACGGCCACCAGUAGCACCACCACUGCAACCACAAACACCACUAGCAACCCCUCCACCAUCUUCGAUCCUGGCCAAGAAGAAAUCGAAAAUGAUAUAUCCGUCUCAAUAAAUUUCUCUCCCUCCCCUUCCUUCUCCAUUCCCCCGAUGUUUAGUGCCCAACAGCAAGACCAACUUGAUUUCUCUUUAGCACCACAACCUCAAGUUCUCCUAACCAACUUUGUCAGUGGUGCUGGCUUGACCCAAAAUUACCCUAAACUCGAACCAGUCGUGACUCUGGUUGGGCCAGCAUUACCACCAGUUUUUGAGGAGGAUUGUCUAUCUUCCAUGCCCCCGGUUUCAUUUAUGCCACUAAGCCCUUCUUCAUCAUCUUGCUCCUUCCUGAGUCCUGGCAUAAUGGGAACAGACUAUAUGCCCGGCCCCGGGAAUGUGAAUGCUGCUGCACUGCCUGCAGAUGGUUCGAGGAUAUUCAUGGGAAGUCUUCUCUUAAAUAAUGAACUGCAACCAGAAGAGCUAGAUUAUGAGGGAGAUACUGGUGGAAUCUACUGUCCAGAUUCGGUUCCAUGCGUAUUUAAUCCCAACAGCAUAAAGGCAUUUCCUCAUGAGACUCAGAAACUAGUUAGUGGACCUUUGAGUGGUUCUCCGCCUUUAGCAGCAGAAAUCUCAAGCUUGGAGGAUUCGACAUUUAAAGUAGGGAAACUCUCGGUUGAGCAAAGAAAGGAGAAGAUCCAUCGAUACAUGAAGAAAAGGAACGAGAGGAACUUCAGCAAGAAGAUUAAAUAUGCUUGUCGUAAAACUUUAGCGGAUAGCCGGCCCAGAGUGAGAGGGAGAUUCGCAAAGAAUGAUGAUUUUAGUCAGAACCAUAGCAGACUUGCCUGUAGCAGUCAUGAGGAAGAUGACAAGGAUGAAGUCGACGUGAAAGAAGAAGAGGAUAUGAUUGAUUCCUCCGACAUCUUUGCUCACAUUAGCGGCGUCAACUCCUUCAAAUGCAAUUAUUCGAUCCAAUCUUGGAUUUGAAUAGAUAACACACUUUAGCACCUCGCUUUUUCGAAUUAAUCCUUAUUUCUGGGAAUCUACAAUUUUGUGGGUCGAUGGACUAGAUCUAGACCAGGUACGAGUGUAUAUCAAUGGUCCGAGACAAUAGAAGAGACGAUAUCUCUAGUUAGUUCUUUAUUAACAUAUAUGCAUUAGGAUUAUAUCAUCUAAAUAGUUAUAAUUUCUCCAUAGAUGCAUGUUCACUCUUUUGUUGCGUUUAAAACCGAUAGAUUGUGUUAGCG